CGCCACUUCCGGGUUUAUGCUGACGCGUCACUCCUCUCCAUUCACCGACGUGUCAGUUCGCUUCUGCCCGCACAGAGCAGCACACGGGCCGCUCACUCUGCCGACAACAUGCCCCCGAAAAGCAGCACCAAGCAGCAGUCUGAGGAAGACCUGCUCCUCCAGGACUUCAGCAGGAACCUGUCCGCCAAAUCCACCGCGCUCUUCUAUGGAAAUGCGCUUAUCGUCUCCGCUAUUCCCAUCUGGUUGUUCUGGAGGAUCUGGCACAUGGACUUGGUGCAGUCUGCAGUUCUUUAUGCUGUGAUGACUCUGGUCAGCACUUAUCUGGUGGCCUUUGCCUACAAGAACGUCAAGUUUGUGCUUAAACACAAAGUUGCCCAGAAGCGUGAGGAUGCAGUGUCCAAAGAGGUGACCAGGAAGCUGUCUGAAGCUGACAACCGCAAGAUGUCCCGCAAGGAGAAAGAUGAGAGGAUCCUGUGGAAGAAGAAUGAAGUGGCAGACUACGAGGCCACCACUUUCUCCAUCUUCUACAACAACACUCUAUUCCUGGUGCUUGUUAUUGUUGCCUCCUUCUUUCUGCUCAAGAAUUUCAACCCCACAGUCAACUACAUCUUGUCCAUCAGUGCCUCUUCGGGACUCAUCGCUCUGCUGUCUACAGGCUCCAAGUAAAGAGAGAGACCAAAUGAACAUACAGUUUUUCUUUGGGAAGAGACGGUUAUAUACAGAAUGCAUUUUUUAUGUUCAGGUUCAGAGGGAGGUUUGAAUGGGAGGGAAGAUUACAUUUCAGCUUCAUGAAAUUCAUGAACCAAUGUCUGGAGCUCUCUCUCCAGUUUUUUGUCUAUGUUUUGUAACAAUAAAAGUGACCAGGAAUUCUUGUA